AUGUGUGCUAAUUGUUCAAAUCAUAUCAGAAAAGAAAAUCGCAAAGAAAUCUGCAAAUACCUCUUUCAAGAAGGUGUAUGUUACGCUAAGGAAGAUUUCAAUUUGGCAAAGCACCCGGAAAUCGAUGUUCCUAAUUUGCAGGCGUGCCAGCCAGCCUCAAUGGAUUGGACUGAGUGGACUUUAAAGAGCAUAAUGCUUGAGAGGAUUUAG